UGGCUCGCGCACGUCGUGGUUACAACAACAAGCGCUUACACCAAGCAAGUGCCUGGGUACAUAAGCAAGCUACACGAGUCUACGUGUCGGGGUGGCUUGGGCUAGACCGCUCGGACAAAAUUCUGCCCGUGUUGCUAUUCUGGACAGCGUGUCUGCCGACCACACUGCGGUAAAGCAUUUUCUCGGACGAGGUUGGGGAGCUAGCGACACCCCUGUGACGAUGUGGGCAAGCGUGCGGCGAAUGGUCGGAGCCACCAUGGUUUCAAUGCUCACGGCGGGCACGGGGCUGCACAUGGAAAGUGUCACGGCAAAUGGAGGCGUCAUUGAUGUUCGACACGGAGUAGUGGUGCAGGACAGGGGAUGCCCGCAAGCCAUAUCGCCGGACGAGGCAGAUAUCAGGAGGUCGACCCGGGGCUGGCCGGGCGGUGUCCUGACGCUCAGUUCCAUCGAAAGGAUAGGUCGGUCGGGGAACCAUUACAUGGCGAUAUCAACCUUGUUCUCCAUGGCCUUCUGCUGCCAAGUGAAAGUGCUGGAGUUACCCGACAUGGACUGGCGCUUGCCCACAGAGAGCGGGGAGAGGUUCAAGUCUUCCACGAACCUGUUCAGCUUCUCCCAGAGACAUACCAAUCGUGCUCCCCCGCAAUACAUAAACGGUUCCCUGCCGACGGAUUUCGAAGGUCUUCAGGGCCGGCUUGAUGUCUGUCCGCACGAGAGGCUCAUCGACGGAACACAUGCGAACCAUAUCCGAGGGCUUCAUCCACACCUUCAGAAAUGCAUGAGAAAUGUGAAGAUGAGAGGUUGCGAAGCUGCCUAUCUCAAGGAAUCGCUCGGUGGUGAACAUGCUUGCCCAAGCCCGCAACGCCAACUCGCCGAGCGCGAGGACGAAUCCGCUCAACUGGUUGCCGGGACAACCUCGCCCCUCGAAAGGCGGGGGGCGGGAUCUCUCGUUGUUCACGUUCGAUCCGGGGAUAUUUUCAAGCCGGGCACGAUAUAUCAUCAAUACGGGCAGCCACCUUUGCUCUAUUAUCUUGCUGUCAUCGCCAGCAAGCCGUGGAACAAAAUGUCUUUUGUUACAAGCGGAGAAGAUGACCUGCUCAACCCUGCGUAUAGGGUAAUUGAAGGGAUCAACAGCCAAGGACUUCUCGGGACGAACGUGGAAAUGCACAAGGAUCGACCACUCUGGGAAGAUCUGCAGGCGAUGCUGUGCGCGGACAGCCUGGCCCUAUCACACUCAACCUUCACAAAUCUCCUGCUGGCGCACUCGAGGGCCAAGCGAUUCUUCCUGCCGUGGGGGUGUGAACCCCAAGUGGGGGACACGACGCUCAACCACUUCGCGAACGCCACAAUGAUUUGUCUCCAAAGGUCUGAGGUCGAGGUGUAUGGGAUUGAGUGGCGGACUACAAGCGAGGCAUACACGGUGUAUGACUCCUGGGAUCCAUCCUCAAACCUCCUUGAGAUGGUUGUUUCGGACUCUGUCAAAGGCAUGCAGAGAUGUUGUUAACCGGGGGCAGGCGAACUCGCAUCUUUGUGCUUGAAGCAUGCUUUAACAUUACUGUAGGCAGGAGGCACCACGUUCUUGGGCGAGGUUGAAAACGGGCGGCUCGUGUAUCGUGGGUGCACGUGUACGUUGGGCCUUAUAUGUCGAUUCAACAAGCCAGUAACCAUUCCUUCAGUGGUCAAUACGGGUAUUGUACCCUUAUGUACAUCUGGGGUGGUAGGCAAAAUAUCAAUAUUGUAGUACUAGGUUGGCCGCGCGCCCACCCCGACUGGGCGGAACGGCCAUCGUGUAGAAUUAUUCAUCAACUGCAUGAACAUGUAUAUUUUUUUAACGUUGUUCUUGAAUGAAAAUGAGCUCGAGGCGGCAGAGCAAUUUGACCAUGCAUUUGUUUCCGCACGCGAGGUGGGGGCACUCGGCAAUUGAACACGAGAAGAAAACAGGGAAGAUGCGUUUUUUCAAAUGAACGGCCUUCGGAGGACGUUAUGACCAAGCAGUGGCGAGCGUGGUCGCUGUUCGGAAUUGACGAGGAGAAUAAUAGACAAACCUUUGCUUCAUGGACCAUUCGAACUGGCAUGACGGUGGUAUGAUAUCGUGUAACGUAUCUCGGAAGUACGCCACCCCCCGAAUGAGAGAACGGGAGAGUUGUUCGAACACUCUGUUGAAGCUCCCGUUCACACGGGGAGCUUGCGAGUGCUACAGAGACCAGCAUAGAGACAAGGGACGAGUAGGACACAUCAAGGCUUCUAGCGGUUUGCCAGCUUGAGGAGCCGAAAAUCGUCGAGUAGUUUUCCCAGACAUUCAGUAACCGGCAGAUGAUGCAGUUUUCGGCUAAGAAAAUGGCAUGGUACCAUUUUGGGGACUUGGCAUUCCCUCGGGUGAAGAAAAGGGCAGUUCGAAAGAACACGAAAGGACUAGAGCGGAACUAGAUUCUUGCUCGCAAAUUGACUUUAUUGUGAAACGGAGACAUAGACUACAUGGAAACACCUGGUAACUGAUGUUGGCAAUCUGUACUCAUUUUGACUGCGUCAUUGUCCCUGGACGU